AUGGGAGCGGCCGGCAGGUGGGACCUCUCCUUCAAGGCUGUUCUGACUAUCAGCUGGCUGGUCCUGGUCCGUUUCCCCACAGCCACAGCAGUUGCCGAGUGUCCUGACCAGAGCCCAGAGCUGCAGCCCUGGAACCCUGGCCACGAUGAGGCCCACCAGGUGCACAUUGGCCAGGGCAAGAUGUUGCUUCUCACCUCCUCAGCCACUGUCCACUCCAUCCACAUCACAGAAGGAGGCAAACUAGUCAUUAAAGACCACGAGGAGCCCAUUGUGCUGAGGACCCGGCACAUCCUGAUUGACAACGGCGGAGAGCUGCAUGCUGGGAGUGCCCUCUGCCCUUUCCAAGGCAACUUCAGCAUCAUCUUGUAUGGCAGGGCUGAUGAAGGCAUUGAGCCCGACCCUUACUUUGGCCUGAAGUACCUUGGCGUCGACAGGGGAGGCACCCUCGAGUUGCAUGGACAGAAGAAGCUCUCCUGGACGUUCCUGAACAAGACCCUCCACCCAGGGGGCAUGCAAGAGGGAGGCUAUUUUUUCGAAAGGAGCUGGGGCCACCGUGGAGUCAUUGUGCAUGUCAUCGACCCCAAAUCAGCCACUGUUGUUCAUUCAGACCGGUUUGACACCUACACAUCCAAGAAGGAAAGCGAGCGUCUGGCUCAGUAUCUGAACGCGGUGCCCGAUGGCCAGAUCCUUUCCGUCGCAGUGAAUGACGAAGGUUCCCGAAACUUGGAUGACAUGGCCCGAAAGGCAAUGACCAAACUGGGCAGCAAGCACUUCUUGCACCUUGGAUUCAGGCAUCCUUGGAGUUUUCUCACUGUGAAGGGGAAUCCUGCUGCCUCCGUGGAAGACCACAUUGAAUAUCAUGGCCACCGAGGUUCCGCUGCCGCCCGCGUCUCCAAACUAUUCCAGACGGAGCACGGCGAGCCUUUCAAUGUGUCUUCCUCCAGCGAGUGGGUUCAAGAUGUGGAGUGGACAGAAUGGUUCGAGCAUGAUAAAGUGACACAGAACAGAGGCGGAGAGAAAAUCUCAGAGCUUUGGGCGGCUCACCCAGGGAAGAUCUGCAAUCGCCCCAUCGAUAUCCAGGCCACGACGUUGGAUGGGGUGAGCCUCAGCCCUGAGGUUGUUUACAAGAAAGGCCAGGAUUACAGGUUCGCGUGCUACGACCACGGCCGGGCCUGCCAGGGCUACCGCGUGCGAUUCCUCUGUGGGAAACCUGUGCGGCCCAAGCUCACGGUCAUCAUCGACACCAACGUGAACAGUACCAUCCUAAAUCUGGUGGACAACGUGGAGUCGUGGAAGCCCGGAGACACCCUGGUGGUUGCCAGUACUGAUUAUUCCAUGUACCAGGCUGAGGAGUUCCAGGUGCUUCCGUGCAGGGCCUGUACCUCCACACAGGUCCGAGUGGCAGGGAAACCCAAGUACCUGCAUACCGGGGAGGAGAUGGACGGCGUGGACAUGCGCGCCGAGGUGGGGCUCCUGAGCCGGAACAUUGUGGUGCAGGGGGAGAUGGAAGAAAAAUGCUACCCCUACAGCAAGCACCUCUGCCACUUCUUCAACUUCGACACCUUUGGGGGCCAUAUUAAGUUUGCCCUGGGUUUUAAGGCUGCACACCUGGAGGGCGUGGAGCUGAAGCACAUGGGACAGCAGCUGGUGGGUCAGUACCCAAUUCACUUCCACCUGGCUGGGGACGUGGACGAGAAAGGAGGCUAUGACCCGCCCACCUACAUCCGAGACCUCUCCAUCCACCACACCUUCUCUCGCUGUGUCACCGUCCACGGCUCCAAUGGCCUAUUGGUGAAGGACGUGGUGGGCUAUCACUCCUUGGGCCACUGCUUCUUCACAGAAGAUGGGCCUGAGGAACGUAACACCUUCGACCACUGCCUCGGCCUCCUGGUGAAGUCGGGCACCCUCCUCCCUUCAGACCGGGACAGCAAAAUGUGCAAGAUGAUCACAGAGGAUUCCUACCCAGGCUACAUCCCCAAGCCCCGGCAGGACUGCAAUGCGGUGUCCACCUUCUGGAUGGCCAAUCCCAACAACAACCUCAUAAACUGUGCUGCUGCAGGUUCAGAGGAGACAGGAUUCUGGUUUAUUUUUCACCACGUUCCGACAGGUCCCUCAGUGGGAAUGUACUCCCCGGGUUACUCCGAGCAUAUCCCGCUGGGAAAAUUCUACAACAACCGGGCACAUUCCAACUACCGGGCCGGCAUGAUCAUAGACAAUGGGGUUAAAACCACCGAGGCCUCCGCCAAGGACAAGAGGCCCUUCCUCUCCAUCAUCUCGGCCAGAUACAGCCCUCACCAGGACGCUGACCCGCUGAAGCCCCGGGAGCCGGCCAUCAUCAGGCACUUCACCGCCUACAAGAACCAGGACCACGGGGCCUGGCUGCGCGGCGGGGAUGUGUGGCUGGACAGCUGCCGGUUCGCUGACAAUGGCAUUGGCCUGACCUUGGCCAGUGGCGGGACCUUCCCUUAUGAUGACGGCUCCAAGCAGGAGAUAAAGAAUAGUCUGUUUGUUGGCGAGAGUGGCAACGUAGGCACAGAGAUGAUGGACAACCGGAUCUGGGGCCCAGGCGGCUUGGACCACAGCGGAAGGACUCUCCCCAUAGGCCAAAACUUCCCCAUCCGAGGGAUCCAGUUCUACGACGGCCCCAUCAACAUCCAGAACUGUACUUUCCGAAAGUUCGCGGCCCUAGAGGGCCGGCACACCAGUGCCCUGGCCUUCCGCCUCAACAAUGCCUGGCAGAGCUGUCCCCACAACAACGUGACCGGCAUCACCUUUGAGGAUGUCCCGAUUACUUCCAGAGUGUUCUUUGGAGAGCCAGGACCCUGGUUCAACCAGCUGAACAUGGAUGGGGAUAAGACAUCUGUGUUCCAUGAUGUAGACGGCUCGGUGUCCGAGUAUCCUGGCUCAUACCUCACCAAGGCCGACAACUGGCUGGUCCGGCACCCGGACUGCAUCGACGUCCCUGACUGGAGAGGAGCCAUCUGCAGUGGGCGCUACGCACAGAUGUACAUCCAGGCCUACAAGACCAGUAACCUGCGGAUGAAGAUCAUCAAGAACGACUUCCCAGGCCACCCUCUCUUCCUGGAGGGGGCCCUGACCCGGAGCACCCACUACCAGCAGUACCAGCCGGUCGUCACGCUGUAUAAAAGCUACACAAUCCACUGGAACCAGACAGCCCCUGCGGAGCUCACCAUCUGGCUCAUCAACUUCAACAAGGGCGACUGGAUUCGAGUGGGACUCUGCUACCCACGGGGCACUACCUUCUCCAUCCUCUCCGACGUGCACAAUCGCCUGCUGAAGCAGACCACCAAGACAGGCACCUUUGCCAGGACCUUGCAGAUGGAAAAAGUGGAGCGGAGCUAUCCCGGCCGGGGCCAUUACUUCUGGGACGAGAACUCAGGGCUGCUGUUCCUGAAGCUGAGAGCUCAGAACGAGAGGGAGAAGUUUGCCUUCUGCUCCGUGAAAGGCUGUGAGAGGAUCAGGAUCAAAGCUCUGAUACCCAGGAACGCAGGCGUCAGCGACUGCACGGCCGGUGCCUACCCCAGGUUCGCUGAGAGGGCCGUGGUGGACGUGCCCAUGCCCAGGAAACUCUUCAGUUCCCAGCUGAAAACCAAGGACCACUUUUUGGAGGUGAAGAUGGAAAGUUCCAGGCAGCACUUCUUCCACCUUCGCACCGACUUUGCGUACAUCGAGGUGGACGGCAGGAAGUUCCCCAGUGCUGAGGAUGGCCUCCAGGUGGUUGUGAUUGAUGGCAGCCGCGGGCACGUGGCGAGCCACGUGAAUUUCCGCAGCUCCGUGCUGCAGUUCAUCCCCUGGCAGCUCUUCACUUAUGUGGCGGCUAUUCCUGACAAUUCCAUAGUCCUCAUGACAUCAAAAGGAAGGCACGGCAGCAGGGCCCCGUGGACCAGAGUGUUGGAAAAGCUCGGGGCAGACAAGGGCCUCAAGUUGAAAGAGAAAAUGGUGUUUGUCGGCUUCAAAGGCGGCUUCCGGCCCGUGUGGGUGAGCCUGCACACCGAGGACCUCAGUGCCAAGAUCUUCCAGGUGGUGCCCAUCCCCGUUUUGAGAAAGAAGAAGCUGUGA